UUUGAUAAAACGCAAAUUGUACAAUUGUGAAAAUAACUGAAUUUAGCACAAUUAGAUCACGGAAGAAGACAAAGGAAAAGUUUGUUGCGGAAUGAAAGACAUUUUUGGUGUUGUUUCGUAAAUGUAAUUACAACGCAAUUUGAAACAUUUUCAUGACUUAAAUUGGAGCUUUGAAAGUGACGUGCAUAAUGAAAAUAAAAUGGAAGUGAUUUAUAAAAGCGUGUACAAAGUAACAUCAUGAAUAAGCGUAAAAUCUGUGUAUGUAAUGAAUUUUAAGCCACAUCAUACAAGAAAGAUAGACUAAACAUAUAUUUUUCAUUUGAAGAGUGAAGAAAAAUCGCUUUUAUCGUGAAAUAAAUUGAAAAGUGAGUGCAUAUAAAAAGAUUUGAAGUGGAACCAUAAACUAUUCAUCAAGCUGAGCUACGAUAUCAAAAAAAAGAGAAGAAUUUAAUAAAGGGAAAGAUAAGCAGAUAAUUUAUAAUGCAACAGUAAAUAUUAAGGAUGAUAACAUUUACGUGUGUCAACCAUUUCUUCGGGAUUAAGUCUUUGAAGAUAUAAACAAACGUUUUUCGUUCUCAUCAUAAAACAUUCAUAAGCCUUCAACUUAUUCAACAAAUCCCAGUCCGUUAGUAUGAUAAUCAAAAGUAGUGAAUAUAAUUCACACUACCUGCUGAUAAAAUGCUUUUUGGUUGUCAUACUCAUAGAGUAUUCAAAUGGAGGAAACGUAUUAAAAAUACGAUAAAUAGCAGUAGUAGUGGUUUAGUUGAUGGACUUAAUUUAAAUAAUGCAACAAGUAAUAGUUCAAAUCAAUUAUCGGCGGGAGGUAACGAAACGGAAUUGAUUACGUUCUUCAGCACUACGAACUUUACUAACAUCACAUCGCAGGUUGGAUCGAUUGUUGAGAUUCCUUGCACCGUACAUAAUCUUGGUGAAGGAACGGUAUCAUGGAUUCGAAAAAAGGACUAUCACCUAUUGACAGUUGGGUUAACAACAUACAGCAGUGAUGAAAGGUUUAGUGCUUUGCAUUUAGACGAAUCUGAGGACUGGCCAUUAAAAAUAAAAUACGUUCAGCUUCGAGACGCAGGAAUCUACGAAUGCCAGGUGACGAAACAUCCUCCGAUAUCAAUUUUUGUUCGACUGAAUGUUGUUGAAGCGAGAGCGGAAAUUAGUGGACCGUCGGAAAAAUAUUUGAAGCCAGGCUCGGUGCUACGAUUGACGUGUCGGGUAGUAGAAAACAUCGAGAAUCCAUUGUACAUUUUCUGGUAUCACAAUAAUCGAAUGAUAAAUUACGACUCACAUCGUGGGGUUAAUGUGUCCACUGAACCAGAUAACAGAUAUUCGGAGCUUCAAAUAUCACAGACAACAACCAGUCAUUCAGGGAAUUAUUCCUGUGUGACUAACAAUGCCGUCUCAUCGUCCACUUUCGUACACAUCUUUAAUGGCGAGAAUCCUGCCGAGUUAUUGAGAGAUUACGGAUCCACCAUAAGCCCAUCACCGAACAUAAUGUUAUCUUUAUUGUUAACUAUAGUGACAUAUCAAAUCUUUUGUUUAUGUGCUCUAUAAGGGAAACGAACGACAUCCAGCCACUACACAAAUCAUAUGAGAAGGAGAAGAAGGGAGGGGAUGGAGAGAGGGAAAUUGUUUGUUAAAGCAUAGAUCCGAUCAUUAAAUAAUUUAUUACUUUGUUUUUUGAGUGGUGUAAUAAAAAUGAGACAGAAAAUAACAACACACAGAGAACAUACACGAAACGGAACCUUUAAGUAUCCCAUCAUGUUGUCAAGAUCGAGCAUCCAUUUAUGGUGUUUAAUAGUGCGUUGCGACGCAGUUCGAAUCUUUUUAUAGCUCAUGGAAAUCAUGGAAAUUUUCUCUUCUCUUCUGAAGGCUAUGAAUGGCAUUUUUCAUUGACAAGAUUUUCAGACACUUGACACUUGACACCUGACAUCGUUUCAUGUUGUUUAAUCUGAAAUGAAAUGAAAGAAUUUUUUGCCUGCUUUAUUUUAUAUUACAAUUUGCCAAUCACAUAAAUUUCGUGAUGGAGCUAUAAGAGUAUUACAUUAAUCACAAAUUUAUUCUUGUUAUCAAUGUCAGCAUGUAAUGUUUAAUACUAAACUUUAUAAAUGAAAUAUUAAUAAAACUAUUUUAAAAGAUUUGUUUUGAUGUGAUACUCGAAUAGUCUCUGAAUAAGAAAAACAUUCUUUGUUGAGAAUAAAAGAAUCAACUUUGUAAAUAACUCACUGGUAUAAAUAGGCUAUUGUAAUAAAGAAGAAACCAAUAAUAAAAACAUGUAUUAAAUGAUCAU